AUGGAAUUCUUAGUGACAUUGGCAUUAUCAGAUAAAUCCUCUCAUCUAUGUGAUUCUUAUCAUUCAAAAUCGAUUCCAAUUGAAUCUUAUCUUGGACUUCAAUGUUUAAACUCUUCUGAUCAUUGUCAAUCUUGGUCAUUUCAACUUUCAAAUAUGGAAUGUCACUCGAAAUCACACGAAUAUCCACGAAGUCUUCUUUUCUAUACAGUUGACCUUGUCACUUCGUCUUCGAACGACCUUUCCUAUGAAUUUCGAUUUCCUUUUGCGAAUUCUUCCUGUUGUUGGAAUAAUUUUGAUGUCACUCAAACGCCAGUUGAAUUAAUUUCUUUUAUGAAUAUUUCCCAAGUGAAUUCUCCUCCAAUGACUCGUUUACCCUAUCAGAUCAUUGGAUAUCUUAACGACGAAGAUAAAACCGGUCAAUGUCUGAAAACUCCCUCAAUCACUCUGUUGAAUAUUGAAAAUGAUCUAAUUUAUACUUUUUUCAACGAAUCCAUUCAUAUCGACUUGAUUUCUCAAAGUCAAUGUGAUAUCGAAAUGAAUGAAUGUUCAAUGAUCAGUGCGUUUCAGUGGAAAGUGAAAUCAAUUGUUGAAACAACGAUCGAAGAUCAAAUUCAAAUACAAUUUGAAUAG